GAGCUUUUUACAUCGUGUACGAAAAAAUCCUAACUUCCUGUUGAGGUAGAGUCGCUGAAAUUAUCAUCGGACGCUUUAUUUUCUCCAUUAAAUGUGAGUUUUAUUUGUUUUUCUAACUUAAAUACUGAGUAACUAUUAAUGUUAAAGUUUAUUCUAGGCUUCCUGGUCUGUAGUUUGCUUAAUUAGAAAUGUGGGCGUCUAAUCUUGGGAUUAUAGUCAAAUUUAACGCUAGAAAAGCUGUCAAGUUUAAUACACAAGUUUAUUUUCUUUAUUUUAGAAGAAUAAUACCUAUUACACCUCGAUGUGAUUCUUGAUCCGAGGUAUUGCAGUUUGUCAUUAUAACAGGUGUUCAUACGUGCUUUACAGAAUGUGAUCAUUUCACAUUGGAGGUGGUAUUUAUGAAGCUCUUAAAUCAGGUUAAAGCUGUGUUAUACACACCAUGCAACACUGAUACUCUUAAAAUAUUAAUACACAAUUUAAUUUUCUCCCAUUUUGAUUAUUUUAACAUCCUUUGUUCCUGCUUGAGUCAGUCACUUCUGCACAGUGUACAGUUUUCUAUUUUCUAUUCUUCUAUUUACAGCCAACAGAUUAUGAACUCAGCCGUCAGUCCCAUUUCUCCCCUAUUCUUGUAUAACUACAUUGGCUUCCUGUUAAAUUCUGAAUUAAUUUCAAGAUUAAGUUCAACAGUUUGUGCAACAGUGGUACAAGCUGUGAGGCAACCACAGGUGGAGAGAGGAAAGCAGGAAGAGGAGCAGGAAGAGGCGGGUUUGUGUUUUUUCUGCAUGUGUCUGAAAAGCUAAGGGACAAAAAAACACAACAAGAGAGAGAGAGAGUGAGGCUUUAAUGAUCACAAACAUGUAGGGGUGCUAACAAGAGAAUGAGUUUGCUUCGAAUCACAAAUAAUCACUUUUAACCACUGUGAUAUGAAAAUCAGACAAAGUAAUCAUGACCAUUGUGUUUGCCAUAUUUGGGCAACCUAAUUGCAUCAUAAUUUUUGUAUCCUAUUGUGUGAGAAUGCAUUAACAUUAAGCACCACUAAGGCAAGUUUGGAUAUGUGAGAUUCAAAACCAGUGAAAACUGCAGCUGCAGUGAAAAGAUCUGUAAGGAACUUUUUUGAAACUUUAUUGGGUCAAAUAAGCAUAACAUGCAACCUGCAAUAUCUUUGCACAGGGGGAGACUCCCAGCUGAAGGAAGUCAACCAUCGGAUUAGUUUUUGAACAGUAGCUCAUGAAUUGUAUUAUUUACUACCUAUGAUGAUCAUAGACUGUAUAUAGAAUGGGCAGCGUCUGCCUCCUCGCUGGGUGAAGCCACCAUAAGAACAGCACCCUCUGGUGGUAUAGGUCAUAAAUCCCGCCUCCUCCAGCAAUCCCUAUGGAGCUGUGGACAAACUUCAGAAAUUAAUUUUACAAAAUAUAUUUUUUUCUCCUCCCUGGUUGUGAUGUUGACAUGUAGUUACUGUAAGACUGGUUUCUGCUCAAGUCCUCUUUUUUUCUGUGCAGCUCUAUUUUUAAAAGUUAUUAGGGGGUUCAUGUUUUCUAUGUUUGACACCUGAUACAGCCUACGGGCAUACGAAGAUUGCAUAGCUCACCUGGAUGAUAUGCUGUUUGAGUAAAGUGUCGUCACAGCGACUCUAGGCGACUCUCUCGCUGAAUGCUUACAAUGCCACUGCGCAAGUGGUGGAGUGCAUACAAUGUUACUGCGCAAUGUUGGUUUCAGGAAAUGGAGAAAAAUUGCGAAAAUACCCAGAGCUUUUUCGGCUUCAAAUAUGUAUACUGGUGGAAGGUGGAACGAAAGUUGUCCAUAGCAUACAGUCUAUGGUGAUGAUGAUACUUAAUUGUUGUUAAGGUAAUUUAGAGCACCCUGCAAAUGCAGAAUUUUUUUCUUACAUUGUUCAAGGCAAGGAGUCUCAUUUCUUGUUAGAGUAACCUUAAGAGGGUCAUUAAUUGAAACUCAUCCACCUCCUGAAUUUGCAGACUACCUAAUCUGAACCUGGUUUGUGCCUCCGACUGUCAUCAUGAUGCGUUACUGGGGUGAGAUCCCAGGACCUGCGGGAGCUCCCCCAAGUCGCAGCUCCUUUGACCUGCUCCAGCGUGAGUUCCGCUCCGUGGAGAUGCAGGACCCUCCUCUGCAUCAGCCGUCAGCCCAGCGUCCGCGGCCCACCACCAUGUUAGACAUCCCCUCAGAGCCCUGCAGCCUCACCAUCCACACGGUGCAGCUGUGCCAGCAUGCCCGUCGGCUCCGUGGCCUCCUUGCCGCAGCUCAGGCCCAGGCUCAGGGUCAGAGCUCAGGGGUGUCUGAGGGAGGCAGCAGACUGGAGGAGGCUGAUGCAAACCUGCCCCUGCGUCCUCCCACCCCUCCUGUCAUGCCAGAUGAUUUACUACCUGCGGACAGCAAAGCUCCCCGACAGCCCUUUCAGCUUCUUCACAGUGACCCAGAAAGUGACUUUUACAAGUGAGUCAAGCUGUGUCAAAAUGUUAGGCUUAUCAUCCUUGAUAUUUUUUAUGUUUUCAUGUACCGUUUAACUCUUUAAAGAUAUCAUACCUUAUGUGGCACCCAGUCAUCUUCUCUCUCUCUCUAUAAAUUUUCUCUGUUUUCAUCUUUUGUAAGGGGUAAGGGCGAGCCUGUCACAGAGCUGAACUGGCCCUCCUGCAGGCAGCUCCUCUAUCAGUCAGUGGCGACUGUCCUGGCCCAUGCUGGCUUUGAGUCAUCUCAGGAGAGUGUACUAGAGACUCUAACUGACCUGGUUCAUGAGCAUUACCUGCGGCUCACACGUCUGCUGCGGGUGGCAGUGGACCGGGAGGCUCGGCUGGGAGCCAGUCCUUUUCCAGACGUGGUGGAGCAAGUUUUUCACGAGGUGGGGAUAGGCAGCGUGCUGGCCCUGCAGCGCUUUUGGCAAGUGCGGAUCAAAGACUAUCACAGCUACAUGCUGCAGGUAAGAGAUAAGGAAAAAGUCACAACUGUUUGUAUAACUAUGUGACAAUUAAUAUAAGUGUCACAGUUAUAGUGUUUUUGAACUUACCCGGACAGAUGAAUGAAGGAUUUAAUGUAUUCUGAAACGGCUGGUUUCUAGCGCCAAAAACACCAACAUUGAAUUCAAUAGUGCAAAGAAAACACAUCAGAUCUAGAAAUGUAAACUUUUUUUGUUGUAUGAAAAAUGCUAACUUUAAAUUUGAUGCUAGCAACAUGCUUCAAAAAAAGUUAAGGUAGGGACAACAAAAGACCGGAAAGGUCAUGUAAUGCUAAAAAAAAAAAAAAAAGAGAGAGAAACUGGAAGAAUGUCUCUCAAGUAAUAAGCUGAAACUGAAACAAAUUAGUUGCAUAACUGACAUUGAAAAAGGCAUUUCAGAGAGGCCGAGUCUUUUUAAAGUAAUAUAGAAAAAGGUUCACCAGUCUGUGAGAGACUUGGUGAGCAAAUCCUUAAACAAUUUCAGAAUAAUGUUCCUGAACAAGGAAUUUUAGGAUCUCAUCAUCAACAGGACUCAAAAACAUCUAAAAAAAGAGAAUCCCUGUGUUGAAGAGACAUAACCAAAGUAAUACUGGAUGGCUGUAAUUGCCAGACCUUCAGAUGGCAUGGCAUUGGGAACAAAAAAAGACCAUAGCCUACCAACACACAUUAAAAAGCAACUUUAUGUAUUUGUUUUUUGACACUGAAUAUAUUAACAUGGGCAAAAUGACAUAAAUAUUGAUAUUGGUACAUUUUCGGUUUAUUGCCCAGCCCUAAUAUGAUCUGCCUUUCAUCUUCACGGAUCAUGAGACUGAUCAGUGCCACUGUUCAUUGCUUUAGUACUAAAUUCUCUCAACAGUUUGGACUUUGAGUCUGGAAAUUCUUCAAAUACAUAUCUUGAUCCCACAUCUACCAGAUAUUGUUAUUUUGUUGACUCAAUGUUUAAUAAAUCAGCAGAUUGAGAAUAUUUCAAUUGUUUUUAUUGUUAAAAAAGGAGCUGCCAUGCCUUUACUUUCGUAAUGUUGAACAAUCUUGGUCAAUUUAAAGAACUUCAAAUGAGUGUAAAGAGAGGUCAGGAACAGACACAGAUGUUCUCCAUCUUUGAAUCCUGACAUGAGUGAGAGGCUGGAGUGAGGAGUGCUGUGGAGAUCAGGGAGUAAAGCUGAUCUAAGUGUCUGUGAUGAACUUCAUAGACUAAUGUUUUCAUAUUGACCAUCUUAUAUUUACUAGAACUGCACCCUGUCGACAAAAAAGGUUUAAACUGUGUCAUAAAGUCCUCUCCAUAGUUACUAGAUCACUACAUCAUUCAGACUCUUGUCCCACAUGUCUUUGUAAAUUGUCCCCCCCCUCAGGUAAGUAAGGAUCUGUCAGAGGAAUAUGAGCGCCUGGUGAACCCAGAGAAAGCUCUGGAGGACUCUAAGCCCCCCAGGAUCAAAGAGGAGCCCAUGAGUGACAUCUCCUUCCCUGUUAGCGAGGAACCCGAGGCUGACUUGGCUUCCGGGGACCAGGCUUUGCCUAUGGGGGUCCUUGGGGCUCACGGUGAGAGGCUGGCUUCAGGUCUGGAUGGCGAACAUUCCCCUCACACCACAGGUAAGAGCAGCACACCUGUUCUGCUUACAUCCACCUCUGAAUGGGGAAGUGAUGGUUUGUUAUUCAGAGCUUACUGACACUAGGUGAGGGUCAGUGAGACCGCCUGGGGCUGCCCCCCGAAGUUUUGAAACUUUUUAGACCCUGUGGCUGCAUUGUUACUGAAAGCUCUUGCAAGAAACUUGGCAACUUAUGCAGACCGGUGGAAAUAAAAAAAGCCCAAAAUGUUAUUCAGACAUAUGAGACUUGCUUUGGGCUGGUCUCCAUAGGCUGUGGAGCUAAAUUCUCCCACAAGUCCAGACAGCACUGCCUUAGAGUAUACAGACUCUUCAAGUUGAACCCUCAGGGUGCGACGUGCUGUGCACCAACAUGAAGUAGUUAAAAGUGCCUCCUGUGGUGAUGUAGCAUCAGUCAAAUGUUAGCAGCACAAAAGAAGGUCAACUUGACUUUUACUAAAAGUUUUCACUCGAAGUGCUGCUGCUUCCCUCAAGAUGAACAAAAAAUAAGUUUUUAUCUUCUCUUAUGAGACUUUUCCUUGAGGUUGCUGUGUUUUCGAUGUUAUAUCCAUGUGUGAGCAGAAAGUUUUAGAGGCUUUGCUAUAAAAGGAAAAGUUAACAUGUUUUAUCAAGCGGCUCUUCAAAAGCCUGAUCGAUACGGCUUUGCAGAGGUUCUCAAAAGGCAGCUUUCUUCAACAAAUAUCGUCUUUAAAUAUAGAUAAAGCAAUCCCAGCGUGGACAACCGUCUGCUCAGCUCUAAGGCUCUGCUGUGUGGGCUUUAAAGUUUACAAUUCCCUCAGCAUUACCUAAAGUUUAAGCCUUUUCUGGCAGGUAAACAGUGUGGGACACCAUUUCUAAAACAUCCAAAUCAGUUUUUAUAAAGUUUUACUGCCGCAAGUGCGAAAACAACUUGGAACGCUGUUAAAAGAAUGGUGGUAAAAAAAGAUUGUGAUGGUUUGAUAUCAAAGCUGAAGUUGAGACAUUGAUUGUCUCAUGAGGAAUAUCCGCUCAAUUUUAAUGUCAUGUCAGCAACAUGUUUCCCAAACAUGAGGUAUCUUGUUGCGACUUUUGACAACACUCUGCAAAUGUUUGGGAGCUGAAGAAACCCGAUUCUAGAGGAUUUAAAGAGAAGAGUUUUCCUGCUCCUGCCUGAUGCAGAAUUUCAACUGUGCAGGUUUGAUUUCUUUAGUGUUUUUAGGGACAUCAUGCACCAGAUUUUUGUAAAAGGCAACAAGUCAGGGCUGCAGGAAGGCAAGUUUAACACCGAAGCACUUCUGCUACAAAGCCAUGUGUGCAGAAUGAGGUUUUGCAUCUUCUCACUGAAUUACGCAGUGCUUCCUCUGAAAAAUGUAUUGUCUGUAAAGCAGCAUAUGUUGCUUUAAAAUCUGCGUGUUCAUUCAUGGAGCCUUUACAGAUGUGUUAGCUACCUUUGCCAUAGACAGCAUCCACAUCACAGAUACUGGUUUUUGGCUGUGUGCAGAUGUAGAGCCAAGUGGUCCCUCUCCUCUUAAGAGUGGAGGAUGCAGGAACCAUGAUUUCCAAAAAGAAUGUAAAAUCCAGAUUCCUUCAGCUUUGCUUCAGUCCAUUUUGAACCGGACUGGACCCAGGAGUGACCCCCAUCUCUGGAUAAGCUGUAUCUUUUGGAUUCAACAAUAUGCAGUGUUCAUUGAUGAUGGGGUUCUGAUGUGAUUUUGAGCGUAUGCAGUGACUUUUACUGCAGAGUUAUGCCUGUUUUAGUGCUGUUUGAUGGCCCAACAAUCACACCCACUUACAGUUUUCUUUUUUUUUUUUUUUAGUUUCUUCUUUUCCCAGAGAUUUCUGCAGAUUCUCUGAAUCUUUGAGUGAUAUGAUGAACUAUAAAUUAUAUUUUCUUUACAUAGUACCACAACAUUUUUGGGUUAGGGUUUAAGAAUAAUAAUAAUAAAAAUUAUACAUUCAUUUCUCUCUAUCAUCAGGUGGGGGCGGGACCAACAACUCCCCCCUGUGGCCACAGGUAAAAAUGGAGCCGCAGGAUGCAGAGGAAGGCCAGAGUGCCGGCCAUCAUCAUCAUCACCACCACCAUCACCAAGGCGUCCUGGGUGGAGAUGUGUUUGAGGAAGGAGGGCCUAUGUCCACCAUGAGUGAGUCAGGAGGAGCCAUGGCACCCUCUCCUGGAGGUGCAGCAUCAGACGGCAGCUACGCUUCACAUUCACCUGACUCCUUAAUGGGGACCUCACCUGUCUUCAACCAGAGACCAAAGAAACGGGCGAAGAAGAUGUGAGGAGCGGACUGAACGGGUCGUCAGACAGACUUAUUCCCCUUUAUUGAAAAACCAUCAACCUGACAGAGGGAGAGAAAGAGAGCGAGAGUGAGAUUGGGGGGACACGAAAGCUGUUUUUAAACGGACAGCAGAGAAAAAAACUAAACUGACCAGGAAGGAAGAAACACAUUUUGUAGUUUUUGUUAUUUUGUAUGAGUAUAAAUUUCUAGAGACCCUGUGGUUCCACAAAGUAAAACUGUCUGAUAAAAAUAUUAAAUUGUGUUGAGUGGAAAACAACUUCAUUAUUUCAUGCACACAUGACAUUAUUUCAUACAAACAAGUUUUCAUCUUGUGCAAAAAUAAGAUUACUUGUGUGUAAAUAACUUUUUGCUAGCACAGAUCAAGUUAUCUUCUGAGCACAAUAUACUUAUCCUUUGGAAACAAGUUAGUGUCUUUUUUUGUUUGUGGCCUAAGUCAAUAUUUCAUGCCUAAAAGAAAUGAUCAUGUUUGCAUGAUCCAGUUAUCUUGUUGGGACAAGUGUCUAGUGAGCACAAAUUAUUAUCUUGUUCGAACAGGUGUGUGCAUAUAGUUCAAAAAAGCACCAAAUAAUUAUUUCCUACAAGACGAUAUUGUUCACAUGAGCUGUCAUGUGCAGACAAGACAUAAUCUUGCGCCCACAGUUUAAUUCAUCUAGUUUUUUAAUCUCAAACAUAAAGGGCAUUUCCUUGUGGGCUCAGCAUCAUAAUCUUGAGUGACCGUAAGUUUACAUGCAUGUAAGGUAACAUUUUGUGCACAUGUCAACAGUUUGUUCCCAAAGACUUCAACUUGUCCACAGAAGAUCAUAAUGUCGUGUGCAUGUUUUUGUGACUCCCUGGACACCGUAGAUUUUUAGAAAUCCAAAUAGAGGAUGGUGUUGUCAAUAGAAUAAACCUUUUUUGAACAAAUUGUUUGCUGUAUUCGAAUUAUGAUGUUUGUACACAUAGAUUUGUAAUUUUCCAACCAAUUAACCAAUAAAAAACUAAGAUAUCCAAAAGCAAA